UUUAAUUUCAGUAGGUAUUGAUGCAUAUUCCCAAUACGUACCAAAGUUAUAGUUUGUGUCGAUGUUCUGUUGUUGUACAGUUUGUUUGUAUCCGUGAUAAUUAAGCAGAAAGUUAGAAGAUAAUCAGAAAGCUCAAAGUCUCUGCUGUCGUAACAUCUUGAGCCAAAGAACUCAAAGAAAGUAUUUAGCAGAGAAAAUGAGUCCAAAUAUUGUGUGAAAAACUAAAGGAUUCAGUCAAAAGUUCUUCUUCUGUGGUAGAACUUAUUCCUGUAUACAAUAAAUACAUAAACUUGGUUUAUUAAUCAUCUUUAUUACAUGUUGAGUAGUUUAGUGUUCACAGAAUAUACCUCAUGUUAUUAAUAAACUAUAUAGGGACAGUUUUUUUUUAUAUCGCAUAUAUCACAUAUUUGUGUAUAUAAAUAAAUAUAAUAAUAUAAAUAUAUAACUGAUUAAUUAUUACCAACAGGUUCACUGAGUGUCAGUGAGGUUUGGUUGUUUGAUUAAUUGUAAACUUGUCUCUUUAAACUAAAGACAUCUUUUAGAUUCAUCGUGCGACCUCGUUGUCCACGCUGACGGUGGAAAGAAUCGUCUUUCAUCUUCACCUUUAUUUUGUCUGAGGUGGUUAUCUCAAACGCUCGGCAGAUAAAAUGAUAAACAUGAAAAUAUGUUAAGGGUAUGUAAGAAAAUGUUUUUUGGUCAUUUGGGUGAACUGACCCUUUAAGGUGCAUCACUGAGACACCAGAGACAUGUUGAUGUAUGGAGCUGUUCCAGGUUUCUCAAGAUUUAUAUAUUGAAUUGUUAACUGUACAAAUGUUAAAGUAAGUCUGAACACAAUGCCGUAAUAAUAAUGUGGAUAUACUGAAAACGGUCUCAACUGUUUUUAAAGGAACAGUGUAAGUUAGAGUGACAUCUAGUGGUGAAGUUACAGAUUGCAACAGACUAAAUACCCCUCAGCUAAGCCCCUCCCCUUUCUAAGUGUAGAGAACUAUGGUGGCCUUCAGCUGCAGAGAGUUAUCUUUAGGGUUUGAGUACAAAAUAGCCGAUGCUGCAGCCUGAUAAUAAAUGACACCAAAACAAUGUACGAAAACAAAGUACUAAUAUAAAGCACCAAUACUACGAUCUUUAAUUAUUCAGCACCGGGGUCGUUUAAUACCAGGUGCCUGGACGCAUCACGACCUUCAGAUAACGUAAAAACACGAACGGCUCUGACUAGAGCCAGGGUGAAGUUUGUCCGUUCUGGGCUGCUGUAGAAACAUGGAGGUGCAAGAUGGCCGACUCCGUGGAAGACGACCCGAUGUAGCUUUUUCUAAGCUAAAUAAAACACUUCGAUUCUUAGUUUCAGGAGGACCUCAACCAUGUGCAACUCAGCGAUCCGUCUCUCUCAGCGCUAGCGGCCCCUCUCUGCAGUGAUGAUGUACCUGGCUCACACGGCUCACUGCCAGUUCCUGGGCCUGAUGGCGGGGGUCCUGGCCUGGAUCCUCAUCAUGGCCGCCACCGGCCUGAACGAGUGGCGGCUGUGGUUUGUGGACGACGUGUCCGUGGUCACCUCGGGCGUGGCCUGGGUGGGCAUCUGGAGGGCGUGUUUCUACAGCCACGCCCUCUCCGGGAUAGAGAACUGUCGCGGCAUCGGCAUCUCGGACACUUUUGCUCCGGCGGAGAUCCACGUCGCUCAGGUGCUGAUGGUGCUGGCACUGAUCUGCGGCCUGGUGGGGAACAUCAGCGGCGCGGUGGCUGUGAGGAUGGUCUACUUCUCCGUGGAGGAUCGUAGGAACAUGCGGCUGGUGUUCGUGCUGGCGGGGUUGAUGUACCUGCUGACGGGGACGCUGUGCUCGGUGCCGCUCGCGUGGAACAUGAGCUCGGUGCUGAACAACAGCAGCAUCCACUUUCCUCCGGAGUUCCACCUCCCCGCCGCUCCGGUCAGGCAGCAGGUCGGAUCGGCCAUCGCCAUAGGCGUCUUCGCCUCCAUACUGAUGCUCGUUAGCGGGCUGCUUUUCCUCAGCUACCGCUACGCCUGGACGGCCCCGAGUGCGGAGGCCCCUAAAAAUGCCAGGAACUCGCUCCGUGGUCCCCGGACACAAACGGUCCUGGAACAUAAUGGAGACAACCAGGGCAGAGAUAAUCCUGCUUUUUACAUCGAAGAAGUCUCAUGAUGGCAAAAAUAUCAAGAAGAGAAGAAGUUUUAUCACAAUAUUGUUUAUCGACUUAGGACCUGCAGGAUGAGUUAUAUCACCAGAAACACUGAGAUCUACACAUCAAAAUACAGCAUCACCAAGAACAGUCAAAAAUGAAUUGUGAUAAAACCAUAGUAUGAAAAAUAAGAACUGAUUUUAAUAUUACUACUAGAAAGAAAAGUAUGAAUAUAUUUUAUUAAAUAGAGUGAUGUGUGACAUUCAAAUGCUGGCAUCUCCUCCAUAUUAAUGAACACGGAUUCAUUACUUGCACACAAGACCACUUGGAAAAGUUAAUAAAUGUACUUACAGCAUUGAUUUUGAUGCAUUUUUAUUAUUUGUGAAAUAUUAUUUUCCACUUUCAAUUAGUUAAAUCUUUUAACCAACAUCAGUCCUGAUCAUAACUAUUAAAUAUUCAUUCUUUUUCAGAAUGUAA